AAGUGUGUGCUGAGCUGAACGCACCACAGUUGCAUCUGCCACGAUGUUGGCUCCACUGCUUCUGCUUCUCUGUCUCUCUGAACAAAUACGGGCCCAAAAUCCACCCGAUGUGGAAUGUCUGAUAGUGAAUCAGGAACAAGUUCACUGUGUCUGGAAUAAAAAUGGAGCUCCAGGGGUCAAUUACACCUUCUCCAGCUGGUUUGAAAAUAAUAAAGAAAGUAACUGUACCAACUACCUGAUAGAGGACAACAUCACCAUUGGAUGUAAGCGAGGCUGCAAAAGAGAGGAUAAAUUCAGUGACUUUUACACCAUAUUGAGACACGGCAAUGAGACGAAGAGUAAGAAGAUACAUGCGCUUAAAAAGAAAGUCAAGUUAAACCCACCAACCAACGUUACAGUAAAAAUUGGAUCCGAUUCCAACUUGUGGUUUUACUGGAACCAGUCAACACCACGAUGUGUGGACAACCAAGUUCGCUUCCGAAUAAACAACAAGCCGUGGGAUUCCACUCAUGUCCCUUCUGAGAGGCUGAGCUACUGCAUCAACUUACCCUCCAGCAAUUCCAGGUAUGAGUUCCAGGUGAAAAGUAAAAUAACGGAAAGCUGUGGAGACUCGGAUAUCUGGAGUGACUGGAGCGAUCCUGUGGCCUGGGGGUUCAACAACAGCACAAACACAAAUAUAAAGGAGCCAAUAUCUGUGUGGACACCAGUGCUGUACGUAGUGGGUGCCAUCACCCUCAUCCUACUGAUCAUCAUGCUUCUGCGCCACGAGAGGCUGAGGAUCAUCCUCAUCCCCGUGGUUCCCAAGCCGUUGCUCAGCUCCCCUGAGAUCGAGGAUUGGUUUCCGUUCUCCAAAGGCCUGAUGAAAGAAGGUUUCAAAGCCAACUACAACGAGCAGGCCUGCCCUGUACGCGAGUACGCCUAUGUCUCCCGCUCUGACAGCAACAUCUCCGACACCUCCGACCUCACCGUCACCACCGAUCAGACCGACUGCUCAGUCUCCAUCAUCAUGAAUGAACCCGACGACCGAUCCGCACCUUUCGCUUCCUCUUCAGAGUCAUCUGAGGAGGAUCUGAAGGUUUUCGUUUAAGCACAGUCAAAAAUGAUCCAAGCUGCACGUAGAUUUUCUGUUCUAUUUAUUUACAACGACUUUUGGAAUGUAACAGUAUUAUCACACCAAGAUGAGGUGAAACAUGAAGCAUCACUGUGUUUCUCAGUGAGUAUUCAAUAAAGCAGCCAUACUUUUUUUAAACAAAGUCUACAUUAAAAACUGCUUGAAAAAAAGUCACAAAAAAGAAUAUAACCCUUUAAAACAUGCAUAUUGUGAAUAUUUUUUAAGAAACAAUGUAUUCUGUUUUAUUCCCAACUUUGAAAUGUUGUUUCUAGACUGUCAAAAAAAAUUAUAAAGCUUUACAAUGUAUUUGUUUUUCAUAGAUAUAUAACCACAGCAUACUCAAUAAUUAUGUUUUUGUAUUUUAAUGCAUACAAAUACGUAUAUGUUUAUUUUGUUGGUCAUUAUGUGAAUGCUGGUUUUAUGAUAGUAUGUGAUAUCCAAAUAUUUAAUGAAAUGAAAUGCUUUUUUGAUCUUUGACAAAAACUGGUUAAAUAACUGUUUAAUUUCAAUUAUUACAAAAUAAAUAGACAUGUAUUGGGAUGUGUUUUUAACUCAUAAACUGCUGGAUAUAUUAUGGGAAAAAGUUUUUAAAUACACGAAAAAUUGCAAAAUAGUAAAAAUAAAAAUAAAAUGCUUAAAACAUAAACA